AAUGACAAACUUUAUCAAUGCUAGAUUAAGAUAUACGUCUAAAACAUUAGAAACGUAUAGAAAAUUUGCAACAAGAGCAGCUAAUAAACGUAUUGAAAGUAUAGGGCUAAUUGUUACUUUAUCGAUAGAAGCUUCCCUAGGAGAUUUUAUGGGGGAAAUAACAUCGAUAAAUCAUUUAUUUAGCAACUUUAAACAACUAAGAAAUGAUGUCUGGCGAUUAACGGAAAUGGUUACCAAAACUUCAAAGAAAAUGAUGAUAUAUGCUGAAAAAACUGACACCAAUUUUCGAUAUGUGAACAAUGUAUUAAGAAAUAAUAUAAAUUGUGAUCAGAGUCAACCAAAGGGUAUGUGCAGUCUAACAAUGAAUUCUCCUACUCUUGUUGAAGCCAUUUUGGAAAGGGGCCAUAAUAGGCUUCAAUCAAUUACCAAUGCUACCGAUAAAGCUAUGAUUGAAUAUGAAAAUUCUAUUAUAGAUUUCUCCAACUCUGUUGGUUUGUUUAUAAAUUCAACAGAGAUUCCCUCUAUAAUUUCUUCAGGGCAAUGGGAAGAAUAUAAGAAUAAGAUGUUUAAGGAACCCCUAGAUAAUCUCUUGAGAAUGAUUGCUAGUAAAUUGAUACGUCUUGUUCCUGAAAAACUCAAUGAUCCCGGAUUAAGAUUCUGUCUCAAGGGAUUACAUAAUACUGCUUGUUUUUCUCAUGUACUCUCAGCCGUUGUCCUUUUCAUUAUCAUCUUACUAGCUAUCACUUUCCUUCUAUAUUUGAAAAGGGCGGCAAUAAGGACACUCAUUACAUUAUCAUUUCUAGUUUCUUGUACUGUUACAUUUUUAUUGGCAGCUAUUUCAGUAAUUAACUUAUUAUCAUUCGGAAUUGAAACAACGGGAUUAUCUAUUCUCUUAAAAACAAAACUUAAAGAACUUGACACUGCUAUAGGACAAUUUCAUGCUUUACUAACCAAUCAUUAUGAAGAAAAGACUUCCGCUGCCGACUUCUUGUCCGAAUGCUCUAAAGACAAACCAUUAACAAGAGCAAUACGAAUACAAACUGAUCAAUUGUACAAAUCUGAUUUUAAACUGUCGGAAAUUGAAGCAUUAAACUCCCUGCCAGAUCGUCUAUUACUUACAAAAUCCAUUCAAGAAAAUGUUUCAUUACUCGGUCGACUGCUAUCCGAUGAACUCAUAUUAGGUGAUGAAAUUAAGAAAUUAAACGAUAAUCUUAUGAUGGAGAUUACUUUGUGGAAAAGAAGAGUUUACGAAACGCAAAAAAUCUCUGAUCUUACUCAAGCGGCAAUAUCUCAUUCAUCUUUUGAAGAGGAAGAGAGGAGCAAAAUGAUGAAAAAGUUAAGCGAAAGUGCCCAAUACAUUGAUAAGAUAUUGAAGAAAAAUUCUCACAUCCUCACCAAAUCAAAUCGUUUACGGUUCCUAAUUAUUCAAUUGAAAAAGGAAAUUGGUCAAAUUGAAUAUAUUUUAACAAAGUUUUCUUCUCAAUUUCUUAAAGCUAUGGACAAAAUCAUUAUGAACGCUACAAAACAUGUUGAAAAGUCGAUUAUGAACGUCGCCGAUCAAUUAUAUAAAGUACAAGUUGACGCCGUCAUAAAUCAUUUUGGUAAAUGUAAACCAAUCUGGAAUUUAUGGAGAAAAUACGUUCAUGGAAAAUUUUGCGGUACAUUAAUAAAAUCUGAUAGUCUAAUGAUAAUAUUAAAGGAUUCGGGAUUGCAACCAGGGUUUGAACUUAUGGGUAAUCCAAGUGGAUUCUAUACAAACUUUGAGAAUAAAACACAAGUCUAUUUCUGGGCUGAUUUAAUCCGACAAAUAGCGUCAAGAUACAUACAUAAAUUUGGUAUUACUUAUGUUAAAGAAUGGAUAUUCGAAACUUGGAAUGAACCGGACAAUCACGAUUUUGAUCAUUUGAAUUUUACAACGAAAGGAUUCCUUAAUUACAUAGACGCUUGUAGAAAGGGUUUAAAUCUUGCCCACUCUGACUUAAAGUUAGCUGUUAUUGGAGGUGAUAUCAAGCCAUUACCAAGGAGACCUUUCGCCAACGCUAUAUUAACACACUAUGUAAACGGUACCGAUUUUUUUGACGGCAAUCAGCCCCAGAUUUGCGAUUUGAUUACUUUCCAUAAUAAGGGUAACGACCCGAAUAACACCAAAGUCUUAAUAAAGAAAUAUUUUUUAAGCGAAGCUGAUCCUCUAGUUGGAUGGAAUAAGGAUAGGGAGUGGAGAGGGGACGCAAGAUACGCUGCUUUAGUCAUUAAAAUUAUCUACAAUUAUAUAAAUAAAUUCGGAAAUAGGAGAAAAUUUCCUAUGAAAUUACUGAGUAAUGAUAAUGCUUUUCUCAGUUACAAUCCUUUCUUCUUUACUCAGAGAACCAUCUUGGCAAGAUUUCAGAUAAAUAAUACGAAUCCCCAUCACGUUCAAUUCAUACCAAAACCGGUGUUUAAUUCAUUCGCUCUUCUAGCCUACUUGGGAAAUAAAGAAUUAUAUUCCAAAGUUGAAUCCCUCGAAUCAACAAUUGGAAUUAUUGCCUCGUCCCUUGACAGCAAUGAAUUAAGUAUUUUAUUGUACAAUUCAAACGAUAGUGCUAAUUCUACUAGUGGUCAUACAAAGGUCAAAGUUCAAAUAAGUGAAUUAUCAAAACUCUUCGGCUCAGGCGAUGUAGACUUGAUGAAAGUCCAAUAUACAAUUGACAACUGGAAUACAAAUCCCUAUAAAAUAUGGAGAAAACUUGGAUCUCCUAAAACACCAAACCACAAACAGCUGUUACUUAUGAAAGAUGCCUCUCGCUUAUACAGACAAGCAUCACCCAGAAAAGUAUCCGUUAAAUAUCUAACGUCAAUCGCCUUUGAUCUUGCCUUGCCAAGCAUCUCUUUAUAUCACGUCUAUGCUAUUACAACUAAUAGGUGCAUUAAAACUUAUGAGGUAAUGAAAAAGACUCCAAGCGGAAAGUUUUCACGGAUAAACGUCGAAGACACCAUCUUCAAUUUCUACGAAGAUGCCUCUGGCAAAAAUACCGGCAAAUAUAAAGUUAGAGCCGUUGAUUAUUGGAAUAGAAAUGGCCCAUUUUCAGAGACAGCAAAGUCACUUUAA